AUGGAAAGUCUCGAGCGCGGGGGAGACGAGUCUAUGGAAGAUGUCUUCCUCCAGGAUGAUCUUAGCCCGACCAUCGCAGAGCAUGCGACACAAUGCCAGUCUCUUUUCCACAAGUACAUGGUCAUGCCGGAAAUCGUGCCGGACCCUACUAUCAUGGAUGACCAGCUGGCACGCUUUUCUCUGUGGGUAUCAAACAUGGAUGUUUACGGGCCACCCAAUGUAUCGCUGGACUACAGACUCCGAUUCAGUCCCACAGCCGCGGAUAUCAUACAUCAGCUCCUGAAUAUUAUUUACGAUACAUUGCUGUCUUUGGAGCCAAUCGACGACCGACCACCACUAAUUUCGAGCAGGAAGAGACAACGCAUUUCAGUACAUGGCAAUUCGGGAGUCACAAGGAGAGCCGACGACGACACAAGCGAUUCAGAGAGCGAUAUCGAUCAAGCACAAGAGAACAUUUUGAAGAUCACCGAGACAAUCGGCGGAACAUUGACGCGGCUCUUCCGUCUAUCCAACGCCGUUCGACAGUCCGCUAAAGCCAACCGGGCUCGCAAGAUCGAAAGGUACAGAGACGAUGAAGAGGCAAACAAGGCCAUAGACGAGUUGCGUCUCUAUACCAAAUGCUAUAUUGAAUUCCGAUUCCCGGAGGCGCCGGAGGCGCUCCGCUCAGCAUUGGUCGAAGCCAACGCGCUGCGACUUCGACGGCUGUAUUAUCAGCGCUCCCAUAGAAGGCGCAUUGAUCUGAGUAUUCAAAGCCCGGAAACGACUCCAGCCGUUGUUCAACUCCCCAACAUGACGGGGAGUGCGCCGGCUGUACGGUUUGCGCGGAGCGCGCUGCCAAAGCCUGCGAGGACCGACAAAAUGCCGGCCCCUUCACCAGCGCCAGCAACGAAUGCGACUACUGCUCGACAAACUGCCGUUGCAGCCUUCUAUGCUAAAUCCACAACUGAGGUUCCCCGGGCUAGAUCUGUUCUCGUGAACAACAAGUUGUCGUUCCCUCCCAUACCGUCGACGCAGCAGUGUCCAUACUGCGGCGUCAUUGUUGAGUUCAAAAACACUGCAAGGUCUUUGCUGUGGCAAAAUCAUGUCAUCAGAGACCUGGAGCCUUUUGUUUGUGCUUUUUCACACUGCCUGGAAGGAGCUCACCACGGGCACGGGACCGGUCCGCUCACAUUCGAAACGUCGAAAGCCUGGUCCAGCCACAUGCAGACUGCUCACGGGCAUACAUGGGAGUGCAGGGCCCCUUCUCACGAUCCAAUCGUCUUUGACCAAGAGAUCCAGUACCAGGAGCAUUCCACCAAGGAGCACGGCGUGCCUGAAGCGCACGCCGGGACCCUCAGCAACGCCGCACGGAGGCCAGUCCUCAAUAGGGUCGUGGAGUGUCCAUUUGGCGACGAUUUUGAAACCUCAGGAAAGGUCGAAUCCAGUGCUGUCUUCUCGAGUGAAGCUCUCCAGUCACAUGUUGCCGGCCAUAUGAAGGAAAUUGCUCUGCUUACACUGCAAAAACUUCCCAGCGAUGAUGACGAGAACGCGGAAAACGUCGAUAGCGACCAACCGUUAGAAGAUGAUGGGCCGACCGGGGCUUUUGGAAUUACACGUGCAUCCAUGCACAGCGUACUGGACGACGAGGACCUGGAUUUCCGAGAUGAUGACGCUGAGGCUACAGAUGGCAAUGUGGGACACCGCGAAGAGGACAUAAGUGCACGGGUGACAGUACUCGGCCUAGAGGACAAAGACGACUUGGGGAUGACGAAGCUCCACCACGCGGUGCAGGCCAGCGAUCUGGGCUUGGUUGAGUCCUUGAUCCAGAGCGGCGCAAGUGUAAAUUCUAGGGACGAAAAUGGCCAAACUCCCCUGCAUUACGCUGCGGAAAGGGGCUUCAUCGAGUGCAUGGAAGCCUUGGUCAAGCACGGCGCGGAUUUACAUAUCAUUGACAACUCUGGAUUUUCCCCGUUUCUCUGGGCUGUGGUUGCCGGGCAAGAAGGCGUCACUACGGGACUGUUGUUGAUGGACGCUGAUGCCAAUUCAUUCAGCGCGGAUGGAAAGUCUGCGCUCGCUUGGGCAGCCAGCCUGGGAUGGCCUCCGACUGCUAAAAUGCUUGUUGAACACCGUGCCAGCAUAUCUGAUACCCGAAAUACGCAGCAGACUCUGCCUUUGGAAGAAGCGGCAGCUUCUGGCAACCUUCCCACUGUUCGAUUGCUCCUCGAAUGUGGUGAGGAUCCGAACCAUCGUGAUCGCGAUGGUUGGUCCGCCAUACAUUGGGCAGCAGAGGAGGGCCAUCUGGAGAUUGUGCGUUUGUUGCUGAACGCUGGGGCCAACCCCAAUGCUGUCAGCUCUUACGGUACGUCACCAUUGCACUGCGCUGCAAACGGAGGGCAUGUUUCCAUUGUGAGCUUGCUCCUCCUACAGCGAGCCGACCCACUCAAGUCAACAUGCCACGGCUGGACUGCACUACACCACGCCGCCUUCAUGGGACACUACCAUGUCGUCCAGUGCCUCUUAGAAGACGACCGUAUACGAUCCACUGCCUCUCAGCAGGACAACCAUGGCUGGUCAGUUCUUCAUUUGGCCAUCCACAGUCGAGAUAUCGCCAUCGUACGUAUCCUGCUCGACAAAUCUGUCAUUGCGGAGCCUCAGACCCUAUUCGACGAAAGCGGCCUCACUGCAGAAGAAUGGCUGGAUCGCGGGCCGAUAAGCCAUUCCCAGAAAGCCACCGGCAACUUAGCGUUCAGCAAGUCGCGCUGUUGCCGGGCCGUCACAAGCCUUCGCCAAGCUGUUACCAUAGGCAACGUCCCCAUGAUCAAGCUUCUGCUUAAAUUGGGUCACGACAUCAAUGGCAUGAACUCUGGAAGGAGGACUGCGCUCUACUACGCCGCGAAGAAGGGCAUGCUUUCCAUCAUGGAUCUGCUUCUUGACCUGGGUGCGGAUCCCAACAUUCUCCCCGCGGGGUGGAAGAACUGGGAAGAAUUCAUUUCGCCUGGUGACGCUUUACUGCGGCUCAAACGAGCAGGAUACUGGAAGCGAGAUACCGAUCCUGAGGUGGAGCGCCAAAUUCGUCAGGCACUCAGAGUGCAAAGUCAGCCUUCUGUGCCGGAUCAACCAGCCUGGUUCGUAUCGGACGAGUCGACUUUACCAAUGCCGAGUCAAUUUGUCUCCCAUGGGCCGGACCGACUGUCCUCAUCCGUUCCAGCUUCGUCAACGCCACCUUCCCCGGAUCAUGCAGCUUCAAGUAGACCGACACACUCGCCGCCGCCUACACAGCAAACUAAUGACAAUAAGCGCAAGGCAAGGUCAGGCCCGAAGAAUUGGUGGAAACGGCUCAUAGGUUGA